UGACCAUGAAGCAAGACUUGUAUGGUGGCGCGCUUUCCUGCGAGAUCCCUGUAGGCUUUGCCGAUGUAAGCGAGUUCCGACAAGUCCCUGAUAACCAGGAAGUGUUUGCCGACGCCGCUACUGACCGCUGCAUCAUUGUCGAGCUAUUGGAACUGGAAUCGACUGUGGUCGGACCUGCCACGUCGGAGUUCUACUUCCACGAGAUUGCAGAGAGCAACAAGUGUAUGCGUCACGACUGCACUAUCCUACAGACGUUCUUGGCGACCGAACAGGACCUUCCUGGCCUUGCAACAACCGCCCAUGUUACCAUUGGCAAGCAGUGCGUCGCCAAAUUCAAAGAAGCCUCCAAGAACACCAUGCAGCUGUACGUAUGCUGCAUUCGUCUGCCCACCGUGACGACGGACUUGGUGGUCUCUGUGACCGUGCCGUUGCAGCUCCACCCAAGUAGCAGCAGCUCGCGCGACGGGCCAACUGCCACAAACGCCGACGAAGGGCUCCUCUUCCUCAAAGGCAUCUUGCGAACACUCAAGGUGCACAACUGGGGGCUCUUCCAGUAAACAAGCCCUCCAUGCCCGUGUAUCGUCGUCCACCACGGUUUUUUACUCCGCAGAAUGACCGUGAACCCUCGUAGCAUAGCAACAACCGUCACCAAAUAAUUAUAAUAAACCACAACUCAUUCCA